AAAACUAAGAUGGCGUCUCGUCAAGAAAGAUAGGAUGGCCUGAAGAGAGUGAUGGUGAUGAUCGGGAAAUGAUUGAGAACGACUCGACCGAUUAAGUUUGAUACUCUCAUUUACCAUUAAACGAACUUCUGCCACUCAUGCUGUGAGCCCGUGUCGUUUGACACGACGGAGUCUAUGGAGAACCGAGGCUGAAAUACGGUCAACUUUGCUAGCAGCGGUAGCUAGCAGCCAACUGGACCGAGCACAGCUGGCCAACGUUAGCUAACCACCAGUCACCACAACAACAGAGGAAGGAGAGCAGCCAGCAGCCCUAUCAUACCCCGGGACAUCGAGGUGUCUUUGGGGCAAUGGAGGGAGAAGAGUUUGUACCUCCUCCGGAGUGUCCAGUAUUUGAGCCAUCAUGGGAGGAGUUCCAAGAUCCCCUGGGCUACAUCGCCAAGAUACGUCCAAUUGCAGAGAAGUCUGGAAUCUGCAAAAUCCGACCUCCUCAAGACUGGCAACCACCAUUUUCAGUGGAGCUGGAGACCUUCCGCUUCACACCUCGCAUCCAAAGGCUUAAUGAGCUGGAGGCGGAGACCAGAGUGAAGCUCAAUUAUCUGGACCGCAUUGCCAGGUUCUGGGAAAUCCAGGCAUCCUCACUAAAAAUCCCACACAUUGAAAGGCGCAUCCUUGAUCUUUUCAGUCUGUCAAGGAUUGUAACAGAUGAAGGAGGUUUUGAGAUGGUCUGUAAGGAACGACGCUGGGCUCGUGUGGCCCAGAGGCUUGGUUACCCCACAGGCAAAAACAUUGGUUCUCUGUUGCGCUCACAUUAUGAGAGGAUUGUCUACCCUUUUGAAACGUUCCAGUCUGGUUCCAGCCUGCCGCAUUGUAAGCCAAAGCAUUACGAUGGUGAGGAUGUGGAUAAAGAGUACAAGCCCCACUCAAUCCCCCUGCGACAGUCUGUGCAGCCGUCCAAAACCAGCACGUAUGGACGCAGAGCAAACCGAUGCCAGCCUGAUGGUCCAGAGGAUCUGGCCCCCCAUCCUCUCACCACUGGCUCUGAACUCAUCUCUGCGCCUGAGCCGACAGAGGAGGACAUAGAGAAGAACCCAGAACUGAAGAAGCUACAGAUUUAUGGCGCAGGGCCAAAGAUGAUGGGACUUGGACUGGUUGCGAGGUAUAAAGGCAUCAGGAAGAAAGACGAGCUGCCUCAGACUGUUAAUAUCAAGGAAGAUGUGUCUGCUGCACCUGCUGAUACCUUAGUGAAAGCAGAGCCACUGGAGCCUCAGGAGAAGCAGAGUGAAGGGGGCACAUCUAGUCCCCAACUGCCUCCACCUAGCCUCACAAUUAAGCCAGAAGUAAAGAAAGAAGAACCACAGAAUGGAAAAUAUGAGGAGGAGGAGGAUGAUGAUCCAGAUAAGCCAUGCACCAAAAUGACUAUGAGGCUUAGAAGCAACCUCAACAACCCACAGUGUGUGGAGUCUUUUGUUUGUCGAAUGUGUGGUCGGGGUGACGAUGAUGAUAAACUCAUGCUGUGUGAUGGAUGCGAUGAUAACUAUCACACCUACUGUCUACUACCCCCGCUCUCUGAUCCUCCCAAAGGCAACUGGCGAUGUCCCAAAUGUGUGGCAGAGGAGUGCAAGAAGCCGACAGAAGCAUUUGGGUUUGAACAAGCUACACGAGAGUACACUCUGCAGAGUUUUGGGGAAAUGGCUGAUUCAUUCAAAGCAGAUUACUUCAAUAUGCCUGUCCAUAUGGUCCCCACUGAGCUUGUGGAGAGGGAGUUUUGGAGGCUAGUCAGUAGUAUUGAGGAAGACGUGACUGUGGAGUACGGAGCGGACAUACACUCCAAGGAGUUUGGCAGUGGCUUCCCAAUGAACAAUGGCAAGAAGAAGCUCACAAAGGAAGAGGAGGAAUAUGCUCGCAGUGGCUGGAACUUGAAUGUGAUGCCUGUGCUGGAGCAGUCACUCCUGUGCCAUAUUAAUGGAGACAUCUCUGGGAUGAAGGUUCCUUGGCUUUAUGUUGGCAUGGUGUUCUCAGCUUUCUGCUGGCACAUUGAGGACCACUGGAGCUACUCUAUCAACUACCUGCACUGGGGUGAACCCAAGACAUGGUAUGGAGUUCCUUCUGUGGCUGCAGAGCGACUUGAGGAGGUGAUGAACAAGCUUACGCCAGAGCUGUUUGAGUUCCAGCCUGACCUCCUGCACCAGCUCGUCACCAUCAUGAACCCCAAUAUCCUCAUGUCUCACGGUGUACCGGUUGUACGAACCAACCAGUGUGCUGGUGAGUUUGUCAUCACCUUCCCCAGAGCCUACCACAGUGGCUUCAAUCAGGGAUACAACUUUGCUGAAGCUGUCAACUUCUGCACUGCAGACUGGCUGCCUCUUGGCCGCUCCUGUAUCGAGCACUACCGGCGUUUAAGGAGGUAUUGUGUAUUCUCCCAUGAGGAGCUCACCUGUAAAAUGGCUACCAGCCCAGAGAAACUAGAUCUCAACCUGGCCGCUGCUACACACCGUGAAAUGUUCAUCAUCGUUCAGGAAGAGAGGAAGCUGCGGAAGGCUCUGAUGGAGAGGGGUAUUACUGAAGCGGAGCGUGAGGCAUUUGAGCUGCUGCCUGAUGAUGAGAGACAGUGUGAUAAAUGCAAGACCACAUGCUUCCUCUCUGCUCUGGCCUGCUCAAAUUGUCCAGAGCAUCUGGUGUGUCUCUAUCACACUCAGGAUCUGUGCAACUGCCCCACUGACAAACUCUACCUCAGGUACAGAUAUACCCUCGAUGAGUUGCUAGCCAUGUUACACCGAUUAAAGGUUCGAUCUGAGUCUUUCGAUUCCUGGGCCAAUAGAGUAAAGGAGGCUCUUGAGCAAGAAGAGGGAAGCAAGAUAGGUAUUGAUGACCUGGAAACCCUGAAGAUGGAAGCAACAGAGAAAAAGUUUCCAGACAACGAACUUCUCCGGAAACUCAACACAGUCCUUAAAGACAUAGAUCACUGCCAAAAGACAAGUACUGAACUCCUCAGUAACACAAAGACCAGUGAAAGCAAGAUGAUGCUGGCCGAGCUGAAAUCGUUGGUAGAGAAGAUGCACAAUCUGCCUUGUGUGAUGAGCCAGUUGGAGGGAGUGCAGGCAAUUCUGCAUUUAGUUGAGGAUUUCCAGAGACAGGCCCAGGCAUUGGUCAAUGACAGGGGCUGGAGGAGGGACUCUCCACCUCCGGAACAAUUGCAGACAUUGUUGGAGCAGGGCAGCAAGCUGCCUGUUGUGGUGCCAGAGUGUAAUUUGCUUCAGGGCCUGAAGGAGCAAGGCCACUGGCUGGAAGAGGUGAGGCGCACCCUAGGCACAGAAGGUGGUGAAAGGCAGGAGGUCACAUUGGAGGUUUUGAGGAACCUAAUGCAAGCAGGCUGCAACGUGCCUCAGAGUAUAUCUGUGGAGACGGCCAUGGCAGAGCUUCAGGAAUUGCUUACGAUUGCAGAACGCUGGGAGGAGAAGGCACAGAUCUGCUUAGAGCAAAGGCAAAAACAUCCACUCUCUACCCUGGAGGCAAUUGUCAAUGAGGCCCAGCUUAUCCCAGUCAAGCUUCCCAACAUUCUAUCUCUACAGAGCUGUCUCACACGAGCACGGGCCUGGGUAACAGACCUGGAGGAAAUCCAGAAUGGUGAGCAUUACCCCUGUCUGGAUGACCUCGAGGGCCUGGUGGCAAUUGGAAGGGACCUGCCUGUCUACAUGGAGGAGCUGAGGCAGUUGGAACUGCAGGUGGCCAGCGCUCACUCCUGGAGGGACAAGGCUACCAAGACCUUCCUGAAGAAGAGCAGUCAGCACAGUCUGCUAGAGGUCUUAUGUCCAUGUGCAAAAAGAAGGGAAAGGCGGAAUGCUACAGAGGCGUUGGAUGAUCUGUCGGAUGAUUCCGAUACCAACACUCUGGGCCUUUCCGCUCAGGACCUGAGGGACCCUGCAGCUAUUGUGAUGGCCUUCAAACAAGGAGAGCACCAGGAGAAAGACGCACUACUAAGGUUGCAGCAAAUGAACAUGUGUAAAACUGGAAAUAUUUCUGCAAGUUGCAAGGAGAACGGGAGGUGGGAUGACGCCAUGGAGACGGACACAUCCAGCCACUCAGAGAACUCUGUAAAAGAGAACGGCAGCAGCAGCAACCACACAGGCACCACUCCUCCUCAGUCAGUGUGUGUGUGCGGCGGGCAGCCUUGUGCUCCUCAACUCCGUUGCCGUCUCUGUAAGGACUGGUUCCAUGGCAGUUGCGUCCCUUUCCCCUCCCUGCUCCCCUCCUCUGGACAACUGACUAACCCCCUCUGCUGGUGGGACUGGGACUCACGUUUCUUGUGUCCGCGGUGCCAGCGGUCGCGGCGCCCUCGCCUGGAAACAAUCCUGGCGUUACUCGUCGCCCUGCAGAGGCUGCCAGUGCGUCUGCCUGAAGGGGAAGCACUGCAGUGCCUCACAGAGAGGGCCAUCACCUGGCAGGGCCGAGCUAAAGAGGCGCUGGAGACGACAGAGCUGCAGCAGGCUCUGCAGAAGCUGCAGGAACUCAAAGACACUCUGGAGUGUGAAGCAGAGAAAGAGGAAGACAUGGAAAAGAAGACUGAAAAGAGUUCAGUCAUUGUUUUGUCAGACUCUGAAGGGGGGGAAGGAGAUGAUGUCAUCGAUCUGACAGAUUCACCCAAAAAGAACACAAAACAAAGCAACGGCAUUCAGGCUGGAUGUGAAAAUGGCAUCAACAAGAAGUCGAAUGUUACAGGUGUGGGGUCCCUGCUGCCUCUGCUGCCUUUACUAAAAGGCCAGGUGGUGGAGCUUUCCCCAGCCACCGUGACCCAGCUGGAGGAGCUGCAGCUGGAAGGAGAUCUGCUGGAGGUUUCCUUGGACCAGACAAACGCCAUUCACAGAGUUCUCCAAGCGUCGUCUGUCCCACCGAGAGGAACACUGUACACACUCAUUCAGAUUGAGCUCGCGGAGCAGAGACGAAACAGCCGCGGCCGAACCAAGGAGUCCAAAAGGAAGCGAAAGAGCCACAGAGGGGGCAGCGGAGAGGCAGCAGGAGAACAGUCACUGAAAGCUUCGGAGUCCAAGAAAACCUGUCCUCUCAGCCACAGCCCCUCCCCUCACCUACCUGUUCAGACCCAUGCAGAGAUUUUGUGAUGUAGUCGACGCUGGAGCUCUGUUAAAUUGGACACGUCAGAAGAGCUGAAGAGACAGAGCAUUCUGUGCCAGAAACCCAUGUCAAGCUAUAGAAAGAUGCAGGACAUCCCCCCCCCUUUCUCCCCUACUCCGCCGCCCCCCGCCCUCCUCAUCUGUCAUUGAUACAUUCAGACACUAACAGAGCAAUGACUCUUCUUCUACACUCCAUUGCCUCAUGCAUAACUCCGACGUAUCUUGUCCCAUCACCUAUUCCCAGACUCCUCGUCCUCCCCCACACUUUAUCCUCCACCUCCCUGGAUCCGUUUCCACCCCCCUCUGUGAACAUGUUAGGACAGGUGUGGGACUUAAUGUGAUAGGAAUGUCAUUGGUCUAGAGUCGUCUCUGAGGUCAAGUCAGUAUGGUAUGUUAUCCCAAUUGUAUUAAACGCUUGUUCAACCGGAGCCUGCGUCAGCGUUGGCAGUUUGCCGUUUCACGUCACUCGAGCUCAUCGUCUGGACGCUGGAGAAGCUGUCGGGUCACGCGGGACAGUCUGAAGCCGAGGUGUGGCACAGUGUUCUGAAGGCUGGUCGUAGAUUGCAGCGCCGUGGUUACACUUGUAUUUUUUUAGUUGUACUGAAUCUUGUGUUUGGUGCGGUUCUGAGGGGAUAUGCAUUUUUUGAAUAAACUGAGUACAUUUUGGGAAGUGUUAUAAACAGGCAUUAAUGUUUUUGGUGCUACUCUCCCAAAAUGAUUAUCUGUACCUCCUUGUUUUUGUUGUUCACCUCUGUUUUCCUUCAUUUUUUUAAGCCCCACCCCCCCAUCCUUAUGACUCUCCACCCUUUUUAUUCCUUUCCACUUGGCCUUUUGUCUCUCUCUUUACAGAUUUAAGGUAACUUCACUGUAACUCACUUUGUCACAGAUUAUUUUGUUUUCUGGGUUAAAAUUAUAUUAUUAUUAUUAUUAUUAUUGAUAUUGCAGACACGCAGUUGUCGUGAGUUUGUGUAUAAACUUUUCAUUUAAAUGUU